AUGCCUCAUACCGAUACUGGGCACUAUAAGAUGCUACAGCAACCACAGCACAAGGCCAGUGGUCCGCCGCAAAUCCUGCUUGGUAUUCUGGUAUUCACGGCCGUCAUCUUCCCACAGAUAUAUCAGCCUUCACUGAAUUCACUAUGGCAUUACCUGUACCACUCCCCGUUCUACAAUCGAUCCUUUUUCGAGACAGUGUUCACCAUGGCCUCUUACAUCUUCGCUGAGCCGCUAUACACGUACAAGUUCAUCCACAACCCAGCUCUACGUAUUGAUGUCCGCUCGCAGAAGACUGAGAAAGGCCGCUGGGUUCUGCCAAAGAUGAAACGUCCAACGAAACGUCUAGGCGAGUUUCUUACUUACGCCGCACCCUUAUUCUGCAUGGAUCUUGUCAUGGUCAAGAAGUUUGCAGAUGUGCCACUGGAACACAUCGUUCUUUCUGCUGGUUACCCUAUAGACUACAUGGUUCAACACUCUGGCAACACUACCUCGAGUCACGCCAACAUCAGUCCGACAUUCCUUCUGCCAAGCCUCCACAAUUUCUCAUGGAAGUCACCUUUACAACUUACACGAGCACUUCCACCAGUUCCACCGACAUCACGGCGUCUUGUCUGUGAGCUUGCGGCAGCUUUUUUCAUCUACGACACGCUCUUCUUUUUCGCACAUCUUGCCUUCCAUCGCGUGAAGCCACUGGCGCAGAUGCAUGAGCCGCAUCAUAAACAUACCGAAAUGCAUCCGCAAGUCACGAACAAGCUAUCAGUAGGCGAAAGGCUAACGCUGAUCAUGUUGGCCAACUUUGCCUUGAACAUUAUCAAAGCUCAUGCUUUCACACGGACUUGCUUCAUACCAGUGUUUGUCUACCUUUUUAUAGAGGUUCAUUGUGGAAUGGAUUUGCCUUGGGGCUAUGACAAGUGGCUGCCAGCGGGCUGGGGUUCUGGUGCUAAAGCUCAUGCUCACCAUCACCGUACAGGGCGUGGCACAUAUGCCCCGUUCUUCGGCUGGUGGGAUGCUGGCUACAACAAGUUGAUUGGUGCGUAA